AUGUUCCAGUGUGCUUUCUCCUCAAGUGUGCUUCAGCCGCACAGCACUUCCUGUUUAUUCAAACAUCUUUUUUACCACUCGGCAACCCCCGCUUCACAGAAACAGCCAGAACCCAUCUACAGCAAGAAGACGGAAAUCCAAAGGCAGACAGUGCGAGCUCACUCCGUCAAACUCUUCAUUUUCUCUGCACUUCAAGUGGCAAGACAGCUUCUCCUUCAGCAGCAACAGCAGCAGCAAGUUAGUGGAUUAAAAUCUCCCAAGAGGAAUGACAAACAACCAGCCCUUCAGGUUCCCGUGUCAGUGGCUAUGAUGACACCUCAAGUUAUCACUCCCCAGCAAAUGCAGCAGAUCCUGCAGCAACAGGUGCUGAGCCCUCAGCAGCUCCAGGUCCUCCUCCAGCAGCAGCAGGCCCUCAUGCUCCAACAGCAGCAGCUUCAAGAGUUUUAUAAAAAACAACAGGAACAGUUGCAGCUUCAACUUUUACAACAACAACAUGCUGGAAAACAGCCUAAAGAGCAGCAGCAGGUGGCUACCCAGCAGUUGGCUUUUCAGCAGCAGCUUCUACAGAUGCAGCAGUUACAGCAGCAGCACCUCCUGUCUCUGCAGCGCCAAGGCCUUCUCACAAUUCAGCCCGGGCAGCCCGCCCUUCCCCUGCAGCCCCUCGCGCAAGGCAUGAUUCCAACUGAACUGCAGCAGCUCUGGAAAGAAGUGACAAGUGCUCAUAGUGCAGAAGAAACCGCAGGCAGCAAUCACAGCAGUUUGGAUCUGACCACGACAUGUGUCUCCUCCUCUGCACCUUCCAAGACCUCCUUAAUAAUGAACCCACAUGCCUCUACCAACGGACAGCUCUCAGUCCACACCCCCAAAAGGGAAAGUUUGUCCCACGAGGAGCACCCCCAUAGCCAUCCUCUCUACGGACAUGGUGUAUGCAAGUGGCCAGGCUGUGAAGCAGUGUGCGAAGAUUUCCAAUCAUUUCUGAAACAUCUCAACAGUGAGCAUGCGCUGGACGAUAGAAGUACAGCUCAAUGUAGAGUACAAAUGCAGGUUGUACAGCAAUUAGAGCUACAGCUUGCAAAAGACAAAGAGCGCCUGCAAGCCAUGAUGACCCAUCUGCACGUGAAGUCAACAGAACCCAAAGCCGCCCCUCAGCCCCUGAAUCUGGUAUCAAGCGUCACACUCUCCAAGUCUGCAUCAGAGGCUUCUCCACAGAGCUUACCUCAUACUCCAACGACCCCAACCGCCCCCAUCACUCCUGUCACCCAAGGCCCCUCCGUCAUCACCACCACCAGCAUGCAUACGGUGGGACCCAUCCGCAGGCGGUACUCAGACAAAUACAACGUGCCCAUUUCUUCAGCAGAUAUCGCGCAGAACCAAGAGUUUUAUAAGAACGCAGAAGUUAGACCACCAUUUACAUACGCAUCUUUAAUUAGGCAGGCCAUUCUCGAAUCUCCAGAAAAGCAGCUAACACUAAAUGAAAUCUAUAACUGGUUCACACGAAUGUUUGCUUAUUUUCGACGCAAUGCUGCCACGUGGAAGAAUGCAGUGCGUCAUAAUCUUAGUCUUCACAAGUGUUUUGUGCGAGUAGAAAACGUUAAAGGGGCAGUAUGGACAGUGGAUGAAGUAGAAUUCCAAAAACGAAGGCCACAAAAGAUCAGUGGUAACCCUUCCCUUAUUAAAAACAUGCAAAGCAGCCACGCCUACUGCACACCUCUCAAUGCAGCUUUACAGGCUUCGAUGGCUGAGAAUAGUAUACCUCUAUACACUACCGCUUCCAUGGGAAAUCCCACUCUGGGCAACUUAGCCAGCGCCAUACGGGAAGAGCUGAACGGGGCAAUGGAGCAUACCAACAGCAACGAGAGUGACAGCAGUCCGGGCAGAUCCCCUAUGCAAGCUGUGCAUCCUGUGCACGUCAAAGAAGAGCCCCUCGAUCCAGAGGAAGCUGAAGGGCCUCUAUCCUUAGUGACAACAGCCAACCACAGUCCAGAUUUUGACCACGACCGAGAUUACGAAGACGAACCCGUAAAUGAGGACAUGGAGUGA